ACUGUACCUAGACAUAUCGUUUUAUCUGAACGAGAAUUAAUAUGAUAACCAACAGGUUUAAUUACAGGUAUUAAUAUUACAAAUCUAUAACAGUGUGCACAUUUUAUACACAUUGAAACAAACCCUCACCAAUUUGUGAAGCUACAAUGGAUUUCAGUUUUUUAAACUGCAUCACAUGAUAGAGGACAACUUGAUCAAGGCACAAAUAGCACACAUCACUGGAGGCUGCGAGUGCGAUAAUUUCUGGACGUCGUUCGCUCGCUACUGAAUGGUCCGGAUCAGUUUUUUUAUAUUGCAAUAAUAAUUGAUGUCACUCGCUGCACCGACCUCCUAAAGGUUGACUGUUGACUGGCCAGCUGGGAUGUUAGUACUGUGGCAGAUUGCAUCAUAAACCCCCCACCCCCUCCAUCUUUACUGCUGACCAGCUAACCUCAAGACUGACCACAACACAGACAUGAGCAUGGCGCUGGCCUGGCAACAGUCAUCGCCAUUACCCCGUGCCAAUGUCACCUGUGAACCCACCCUCGCCACCCUUCCCCUUGUCCCCAACACCCCCCACUGAGCCCCAGUCCACCCAUCCACCAUGCUGUCAGGCAGCUGGCGCCGUUCCCCAAUAGCCUCACCCGCCAAGCCCUCAGCCUCCACCAGAGGGAGUAUUACCAGUGUGAGCAGUGUGUCCAGCAGGGGGAGCCGUGCCAGUGUGAGCAGCAGUGUUAGCAGUGUGAGUGUGCCUACUGUGUGUGGCGUCCCCAGUGGCACGGUGGUGUUGGAGGCUCAGUAUGACUACCAGUACCGCGGGGCAGAUGGACGACAGGUCUGCAUCCGAGAAGGGGAGCGAUUUAUUCUGCUCAGGAAGACGAACACUGACUGGUGGCAGGUUCGGAGGAUUGGGGCAGCCAGUAAAGCCAAACCCCUGUAUGUCCCGGCUACGUAUGUGGUGGAGGUGCCCAUCACUCCUCUGUCGUCAGUACGACAACAUGUCAACAACAAUAUGUCAAACCACGGCAACAUGAGACUCCUGACCCGGUCAUCUCUCUCUCCCUGCUCUAACUACCAGUACUCAGGUACGGGGGUGUGGGUGCCCAAAACCUUCUGUCGUUCCAUGGAGGACAUCAACUCUCACAGUGCCUUCAGAGGAGUCAACUGUCACAGCCCUACCCCAGGUCUGGGAGGAGGAGGGGGCCACUUCCCAACCAUGCCCCUCGCUAAGCUCCCCUCCAACACUGCUACCAAUUCCACCGGACAACUGAUGGUCCCUGGGUGCCCCCAGACCCCCAUGGGCCACUCGGCCCCCAUCCCCCGAAGUAAGAGCUCCAGCAACCUGCCGAACCCUUAUGAGGAGAUCGAGGUGAGGGAAAUGGGGCUCGAGAUGGGGCUCAGUGGAUGGAGCACGCCCAUCGGUGGUGCUGCCAAGUCCCUCAGCCAGUGGGAAAUGGCAGAGGCCGCCCGCAGACACAGCCAUCUGCAGGUAAAGAGGAGGAGCCAAGAAGAACCCCCCAGUCCUGCCCCCGGUCAGCGACCACUACAGGUGCUGGACCUAUGGGAGCAGUACUCGGACCCCAGCACAGGGCGAUGUUUCUAUGCAAACACCGUUACCAAGGAGAGGUCUUGGAAACCCCCCCGCAGAGCCCGCGAACGGACUCCCAGCUGGGCUAGUCCGAUGCAACCACAGACAUUUCCACAGGACACCAACAACCUGUCAUUACCCAUCCCAGGCACAGGAAAUGGCAACAUGCACAGGCUAUCUCCAGACUUUCUCUUCACUGGCCAGAAGCCUGACAGUGGCUGGGAGCUGGAACAGAGUAUGCAGCGAGCAGUAUCCUCAGACACCAUCAGUACAACAGACUUCAGUACAGGAGACAAGGAGGCCCUACUGCGUCAUGAGACAGAGCAGCUCAGCCACUCACGAUCUAUGAUACUGCCUGAAAACUGCAAGCUGGGUCAGCAGUGCAGAGACUGCUCCUAUCCUGUGACCAGUGUAGUGGUGGAGCCUCCCUCUCCAGCCAGCUCUCCAGACAGCAACGACGGCUCCACACCAGAGCUGGAGAAGGCAGGUCUGCUGAAUAAGACCAAGAUAGCAGAGGGAGGCAGGAAGCUGAGGAAAAACUGGAAUCCAUCCUGGGUGGUUCUGGUUGGGAAUAGUCUGGUUUUCUUCAAGGAUCCCAAAUCUCAGACCCCCUCCAGCUGGAAACCAGGGAACAGUUGUCCAGAGAGCAGUGUAGACUUAAGAGGAGCUCAGCUACAGUGGGCCAACAAUCUGUCAAGCAAGAAGAACGUCUUCAAGCUGAGGACGGUGACAGGGAAUGAGUUCCUACUGCAGUCAGAGACAGAUUCACUGAUUAGAGAGUGGUUCAACACCAUCCAGAGUGUAAUCGAUAGGCUGAACCGUGAGAAUCCUCUGGAGAAUGUCCUAAUGUACUCUCUGAGGAAGGCGGGCAGUGUGGAGAUGUUGGACCAGAGUGGAGACGAGGAGGACAGUCGAGGGGGGUGUAAAGCAUCACUCCCUCGCUCUGCAUCCAACCUGGAGAACACAGAGAGGAAGCGCGUUCGGAGCAGAUUGAAGAAACUCAUCCUGAAGAGACCUCCACUACAGAUCCUACAGGAGAAAGGACUCAUCAAGGACCAGGUGUUUGGCUGUUGUCUGGAGAUGCUGUGUGAGAGAGAGAAGAACACGGUGCCUCGCUUCGUCAGGCUCUGCACUGAGGCCGUGGAGAGGAGAGGUCUGGAGACGGACGGUAUCUACAGAGUGAGUGGUAACCUGGCUGUAAUACAGAAACUACGCUUCCUAGUUAACCAUGAGCGAGCAGUGACCACUGAUGGACGUUAUAUGUUCCCUGCGGAGUUGGUACAAGAGAAGCUGAACCUGGACCAGAGUGAAUGGGAGGAUAUCCAUGUCAUAACAGGUGCCCUAAAGCUUUUCUUCAGGGAGCUUCCUGAACCCCUGGUCCCUUAUGGCUUCUUCACAGACAUCGUAGAAACCAUCAAGAUGUCAGACUACUUGGACAAAGUGGACCGUCUGAAGUGGCUGGUUCUGAGCAUGCCUCCUCCCAACCACGACACCAUGAGGUUCAUGUUCAGCCAUCUCAAACGAGUGAUGGAGCACGCUAAAUCCAACCGGAUGUCGACCCAGAACAUCGGCAUAGUGUUUGGUCCCACCCUGAUGCGUCCGGAGCGGGACAACGCUAACAUGGCCAUCAACAUGGUGUAUCAGAACCAGGCUGUGGAGCUCAUACUCAAUGAGUUCGACCGCAUCUUCGAACUCAACAUCCCUCUGACACCCAGCCAGCCCAGAACACCGAACCCACCCAGCCCCAAGGACCCAUUCGAGAGCUAAACCAAUCUCCUAGCCCAUCCAGCCCCCAUCCCAACCAGUCUGAGCCCCGGGCCCAUCCAGCCCUAAGUCCAACCAGUCUGAACCCAACUCGGUGACCUGAACCAUCUUGGGGCCCAACCCCUAUGGUACCCUGUAACACCUUGCAUUGAACCCACCCAAACUCAGCCUGAACCAAACACCAAGACCAAAACCAAUAAAACCAACAGAACCAGUACACUGUGAAACUGCACCAGCAUCUCCUCAUGAUGUCUCCUUAGCCCCUGUAGUAGCAACACCAGCCUAGUUCACCUCACCUCGCGGCAAGGAGAAAAGCAUGGGUAGAGAUGGGAACAGGAGGAAAAGCCAGUAUGGAUGAUAUGUCUCCACAGCUCCUUUCAGUAGUGUAGUAGGACUGACUCUUCCAAACACAAGCAACAGCAGCAAGACUGUUGACUCUAUGUGCCACUAUCUAUAAACGGUCUACAACAAAGUUAAUGCAAAGUUUUCAAAUUCUAUCCUUGUUGUACUAGACUUGUGUCGAACUUGUGUCGUGGCUGGAAAAUGCAUCCAGACUUCAAACUUCAAAGGACUUCGGUUUUGUUAUAAUGGCAAAGCAAUAUAACUGAAAUACUUACGUUAUGUACUUACCUUUACUGAAUAGUCUGUGUAGACCUUUGAAUCCCCCUGGUGUUAUAUAUAUACUAUUUGAUUUGUAUGUUUCAAUUUUCAUUCAAACGUACUGAUUUAUUUUGUGAAAGUUUGUACAUAAGUGUAAUAUUCUGCCAUCAACUUUCACUUUGGAAUGUCCCUACCAGAUGAACCUGAGGUAAAGCAAGAACUGUUGCUGUUAAAACUGUUAAAGUAAGAACUGUUGUGAAGUAGACAGUUAAGCAACGUAAAACAUAGCUUUAUUGUAGUAGUUCCUUCAAUAAAGAAUGUGGAGUAAAUGA